AGGGGGAGGGAGGGAAAGGGGGUGGAAGCUCGGGUAAGUGAAAGGGAACACGGCCUCCCAGGGUUCUGGCCCCAACAUGGAGUGUCUAAAGCAAAUGAAGCACUCCAGCAGGAAGUCUGUCUACACCCCCCAGCGGGUCUUGUCUGUACCCGUCCUGCUCCCCAAACUGCUGUGCAAAGCCCCCCCGCCGGAGUUCUGGGGAAGCCCAGCCACCCUCCUUCUUCCCAGAGGCCCCGGGGCCCCGUGCUCAGCCGCAGGCCUGGCCAGCGGGGGUGGGGGUGGCCGGGACGAGCACAGGGCAGCCAGUGGAUGCUGCUGCGGACCGCGAACCGGUGCAGAGGGCCCGCGGAGGAGGUGCCCCGGCUGGCCCCGGGGCUCUGUCUGCCCCGCGCCACCUGCCUGGGGUGCGACCUGCGGGCCAGACCUGGCCUGGGCAGAAUCCGUGCCUCUUUGUCUGCCUCUCAUCACCCCAAAUCAGCUGUCUCCUCUCAUAGGUCGGCCUUUAUUUGGAGCAAAAAGAUAAAUGUGAAGUUUAAUUUUCUCCUUAGGGCGGGGUGGGCGAGGGGGUGUGGCCCCCCUGCCUGCCCCAUGUCCCCCCAACCCUGCUCACCCCUGACUCUAACCUACACUCCCUCCUGAAGCGUUUGCUCAGCCUGCCCGCGCACACGUCUACCCCUGCCAGGCGGACGGAAAACUGCCCCGACCGGGCUCCAGCAGUGGGUGCCUGUCAUUCGGCUGGUGUCGCAGUAGCAUGUGGCUCCCCCGGUCCCAGCACUGGGCAGCUCAUGUGGGAUGGUGGCCGUCUCAGGGUCACCGCCCCUGCGGCCCCACUGAAGGGGCCACGCCGUUCCCCGGGCUUCAGCUGCAGGACAGGGCCAGGGCCGGGCCCGGGCGGCCAGUCCGAGGGACUCAGGACUGUGUGCGGGGCAGGCCCCCUGGGAAGUGGUGCUUCCAGGGCACCAGCCGGAGAUCGGGGGGCAGAAUUCCUGCUUACCCCUUGGCUUUUUGGGAAUUCAGCAUUAUCGGUGAUAUACUUCGAUGGCAGCUGGAAGGGACAUUCGCAGGUGGCCACAUGGGUAUGUGACGUCAGCAGCACUGUGCUGUGGGCAGCUUCAAGCCCCUGUGCCGGCGGCCCCUCACCAGUGUGACCCAGGUGUGACAGGCUCACCCCGAUUCUGGGGUCAGUCACUCGUCCGCACCCGCACAGACCACACCCGUCCCCCUGCAGAACUGUCCCCUGCAUGCCGAGGGGACCUCCUGGAGAGCAUUGGCUGAUGACGAGACGGCUGGACAGUCUUCCCCAUGUGUGCAGCCCUGAGAAGUGGGCACUCAGGAUCACAGUCACGGAGACCUCGGGAGGGCUCUGUGUCCCCUGAGGCAGACAGACAAACCCUGGCUCGUGGCCUUGCAGCCCACAGAUUCCUUUCUCAUCUUCAUUGUAAGGUCUGGGAGGCGAACGUGGAAAUGGUUUCUUCUCUCACAAUGUGUGACGGCCUUUCCAGACACCCCACUCUGGGGUCAGGGGUGAACCUGAACCCCCCAGGCCUGGCCGGCCUUGCUCUCUCCUCUGGACCUCGAGAGGUCGGGCCCCUGCCGUGGAGGGUGGAGUCCCAGCCCCAGCUGUGAGCUCCCAGGUCAUCACUGUCCUCAGGUGGCCCCUGUGCUCGGGGACUGAGCCCCGUGGGCACCAUCAUGACCACCUCAUCUUGUGCCCCCAGAAGCUGGCACCUCUCUGGGUAUCAUGCAACACCCAUGGCCGAAGUGCCCCUUUGGUCACUUGACCUCGUUAGUGUUUGGUAGGUCGCAGCCGUGUCUCCCCCAGCCCAGGGGCGUUCGGGCACAGGCACUCUGGGGAAGUUCCUGUCUCCUCAGGCUUCCUGAGGAGCCUGGGCCGGGCCGCCCGCCUCCCGGACCUCACUGUGUUUCUGUCCAGAGAGGCAGAGGGUGGCUCUGCCCCAGGACAUCCGGCUCACUUUCCCUCUGAGUCCGGAAGCUAGUUAGUUCUGGAGCACCGGCACCUUCCCGCCCCACUGCUGCGUGGACGCAGCUCUAACACCAGAGGUGACCCCAUGCGGGUGGGAGAGCACCAGCCAGCUCUGGGGUGAGGCGCCCUCGGGUAGGCGCCCCUCCCAGGGGUCUCUGGCACUGGAGGAUGCUGGGGCUCUGGGGUGAGGCUGGAGGCCGUGCCGGCCGAGUUGGAAGUCCUGGGCUGGAUGGGAGGAGGGGGUUGUGAUGGGUGGAGGACCCUGCAGGCGUGCCCUUGGGUGAGCACCCCCAUCGUCCGGGGCGCAGGGGUUCACUGGAGAGUUUCCGAGGGAGGGGCUCAGAGCAUGGGCUUCUUAGCCGGGGCUUGGCUCCCAUGGGGUAGCCCCCAGCGGCCACUCGCUCCUUCCCCAGCAGGAGGACUGUCCCCAGGGCCGCGACACUAUGUGAAUGGGUCACGGUAACCAGGAGAGGUGCUGGCCUGACGGCCGUUUCUCCUCUGGAAACAAACUCCGGGCGCGGGCGUUUGGGGAACUCCUGCACCCGAGAUGGCUCAAACUCCUGCUCCGAGGCUGUGACUUCUCUCCUCGGGUGACCAAAACGACCUCUGGGGAUGGGGUGCGGGGCCAGCUUCCUGGGGCGUGGGCUGGCCAGUCCCACAGGACACCAAGCUCAGAGGGACCCCCUGCUUGUCUUGACCCCCACAUGAGCCUGUUCUUCAGGGGGCGCUCUGACCCGUGUAAAGGGCCAGGGGCCUCCCUGUGGGGCGCCCGGGGAGCCGAGGAGAAAGGGUGUCCGGUGGGAGGAACACAGGCGCAGGGACUCCGGCCCCUGGGCCCAGGGAGGGAUGGGCCUGAGUGUCCAGGCGGCCCCACCACCCCUGACCACGGCCCUUCCUCCUCAGAGAAGGGAGCCUGCCCAGGAGGGGCUCUGUCCCAGCCUAAUAAUAACUCCCAGCCUGGCCCCAGCCGCUGGCUAUUUUUAGAGCCCCUAACCCAGCCCCCACGUGACUCAGCGAGGCCUCAAGCGGGGAUGAGAAAGUCUCAGGAUGGCCCGUGGCCAGGGCGCUCCAGGCGGUCGGGCGGGCGUGGGCAGUGGGGGGCCCAGAAGCAGGCCAGGCCUUCAGAGGAGGCUCCCGCCUCCACCCGCCCCGCCCCGCCCCUCCCUCCCUUCCUCCCUCUCUCCCUCCCUCCCCGGCAACGGCUCCCCCACCCCCACCCUCCAGCCAAGCAUGGAAAAUCUGAUGUCAGAAUUCCAGCCUUGGCAAAGAAUGCUGACCUUCUCCUCCUGGGGAGUCAUGGGCCUAAGGGGCUGGGCCUGGGUCUCCCCCCCUCCAGGUGUCCCCAAGCACCCCGGGGGCCACUGCCCUCCUCCCCUCUCUGACACCCCAGUGUGGCCGGCACGAGCACCUGAAGGCCCCACCCUGCGUGUUCCAGGCUGGUCCUGCCCCCAGGAGCCCGGUCCGUCUGUCCAUCUGUCUGGCCAGGCCGCUGUUACUGGAAGGGUUUCUGGGGCGGGUCGCCUGGCUGAGUGGAGCAGUGGGUGGGGGGCACUGCGCUGCCCAGUAGUGCUGAGGCCCCCGACCCUGUCCAGUCCUUGAGGAAGUGUGUGCAGGAUGGGGGGGGGGGCAGUGGGAAGAGCGAGAGAGCUGUGGACAUGCACGUGAGCGUGUGUGUGUGUUCCGGUGUGAGCAGUGUGAGCUUUCGCGUCUAGUGUGAGCGUGCCCUGUGUCCUGGUGUGAGCGUGUGCGUGUGUUUCAGUUCUGGUGUGAGAGUGCGCGUGCACGUGUGUGAGUGCAUGCCCACAUGUGCAUGUGUCUACAAGCGUGUGUGCUUGGGUGCUGCUGUGUGUGCGUGUGAAUGCACAGGCAGGUGAGCACGCUCGUGUGGACACACGUGUGCGUGCACGUGCUGUGUGAUGCGCACGCACGUAGGGCACGUGUACACAAACGUGUGUGUGCACAUGCGUACGUAGGACCUUUGGUCCCUUCCCAGCAAACUGACUUUCUUCGGCGCCUUCUGGCCAAGGGGAAGCGCCCCGAGCCGCGUCCCCAGUAGCUGCCCUGCGGGUCCCACCCAGCAGGAGCUGUGCCGCCAGCUGAGGGGCAGGGAGGAGGGCUCCCUGUGCUCUGGGGGCCCCCCUCCGGGAUGGGGGAGGCCGAACGGAGGGACUACCCGGAGCGGGGGGUGGGGGGGGGUGUGUGUGCACUCGCUGAGGGUCCCGGCUGGAAAGGGCAGGCCUCGGGAGCCCUGGCAGGUCCGGUGGCUUUGGGCGGCCGUCACCUCAGCGAACACAGGUGCAGACACCCGGGAAGGGUCCCCCCCCGCCCCCGCUUCCUGAGCGCCCCCCAAGUGUGGGGUUGCCUUCCCGCUGGGGGGUGUCUGCUGUCGCUCACUCCCCAGAACGCGAUGUUAACCUUGGGCUCGCAGCCUCCAGUUCUCCGUCGUUGGCUUUCUCUGCUUGGAGCGUCAGGACGCUGUUGUGUUUAGGGAAGACACUGCUUCCCGGGACGGAUCAUGGCGACCAUGGCACCUUGUGGAUCCUGCGUCUUCCUACUCCCGAGGCCUCAGCGGGACGAGGGAAAGUGAAAAGAAGGACAAACCUUCGGACGGGAAGGAGACUGAGGCAUCCGGGGAGUCAGACAGCGCGGAGGAGCCGCGGGCGGGCGGGCCGCUGGGGGAUGCACGCCGCAGAGGGAGCAGGAAGGGCACACAGGCCCUGGGCCCAGGUCCUGGGGCCCCCGGCUCUGAGGAACAGGCUUCAGGCCCGCAGGCAGACCCUCCGGAGUCUGGAGACGACCUACCACAGCCCGUCCACAGGGACAGGGGGUCACGUGCUUUGGCCAGCUUCCGGUGGAUGAAGGAGACCCCAGUCUUCAGUUGCAAGGUCGAAAUAAUUGUCUUGCUAGGUCACCUGUGGGGCUCAGUCGGUUAAGCGACCGACUCCGGCUCGGGUCAUGAUCUCAUGGUUUGUGAGUUCGAGCCCCUCAUCGGGCUCUGUGCUGACAGCCCGGAGCCUGGAGCCUGCUUUGGAUUCCG